GGACGAGUUUCAAGCAUUACUUCAGUUAUUCAUGAGUUGGUGGUCGUAACUGAUAUAUACCUAUCGUGAAAUAUUUAUUGCGUCGUUUUAUAUUUAAUUUGUUUCCUUUCGAAUAUGGUAUAACAUAUCUCGAAGAUGGGCACAUCAUCAAAGACCGACAGUAGCAGCCUCCCCUACACUUUGGGCGACUACGUGUGGUUUUGGACUGACAAAAUAGGAGAGUACGAGAUCCCCUGGGGUGGGAAAAUUAUUUCAUUAAAUAAGAACGAGGUGGUUGUUCAACACGAUGCAGGGAAGAUUCCAAUGAAAAUAUCGAUCAAUCAGAUCCUCAAGCCGAUGCAUGCAUCCUCCGUAGUUGGAGUAGAGGACAUGAUUGAGUUGGGGGAUCUUCAAGAAUACGCAAUACUGAAAAAUCUACAUUCUCGUUACAACAAAAACUUGAUUUAUACUUACACUGGCACCAUGCUGGUGGCUGUAAACCCUUAUAAUGUUUUGAACAUCUAUACGAAGGAACAAAUCGAUUUGUAUAGGAAUAAAAAAUUGGGAGCUGAACCUCCUCACAUUUUUGCAAUCGGCGACAACUCUUUUAUGCAGAUGAAGGAGUCGGGAGAUGAUCAAUGUAUAGUCAUAAGUGGAGAAAGUGGAGCUGGAAAAACUGAAAGCACGAAACUGAUCCUGCAGUAUCUAGCAGCUAUCAGUGGAAAGCAUUCUUGGAUAGAACAGCAAAUACUUCAAGCUAAUCCGAUACUCGAGGAACCGAAAUACCUGACUCGAAAUUAUCCUGAAUCAACAAUAGCGAAAAUGGCUUUUGGAAAUGCCAAAACCGUCCGUAACGACAACUCGUCCCGCUUCGGCAAGUACAUAGAUGUGAAUUUUAACAAAAAAGGAGUAAUCGAAGGGGCUCGCAUCGAACAAUAUCUUUUGGAAAAGUGUCGAAUCGUAGCCCAGGCCAGAGGCGAGCGUAAUUACCACAUUUUUUAUUCCAUAUUGGCGGGUCUUUCGAAAGAGGAAAAACAGAAGCUGGAGCUUUUCGAUGGAGCGAGUUACCAUUACUUAGUUGAAGGAACAAAGAUCACAUGCGAUGGCAGAGCCGAUGCUGCGGAAUUUUCGGAAGUGAGGGCAGCUAUGAAGGUUUUAACAUUCAGUGAUGAGGAAUUUUGGAAUAUUAUGGUCCUUUUGGCUGGUAUAUUGCACAUAGGAAACAUCAGUUACAAACCCGUAACAGUCGCAAAUAUGGACGCAUCGGAAAUAAGUGACUCGACCAAAUUGAAGCGAGUCUCUCGAAUUCUUGGAGUCCCUGAGCAGGGGGUGAUCGAAGCUUUCACAAAAAAAACAAUUUUCGCUCAAGGAGAACGUGUGGUGAGUAAUUUGUCAAAGGAACAGGCAAUCGAAAUACGGGAUUCAUUUGUGAAGGCGAUCUACGGUCGAUUGUUUAUCAUGAUAGUCGAUAAGAUAAAUGACACAAUUUUCAAACCAAAAGUGUACACGAAGAACUCGAUCGGCGUCCUCGAUAUUUUUGGUUUUGAAAACUUUGACAACAACAGUUUCGAACAGCUUUGCAUUAAUUACACAAACGAGCAUCUUCAGCAGUUUUUCGUACAACAUAUUUUCAAAAUGGAACAAGAGGACUAUAAUAAUGAAGGCAUAUUCUGGCAACACAUAGAAUUCGUUGAUAAUCAGGUCGUCCUCGAUCUGAUCGGUACUAAAGCAGUAAACAUCAUGGCACUUAUCGACGAGGAAAGCAAAUUUCCAAAAGGAACAGAUAAAACUAUGUUGGCUAAAGUUCACCAGGUACAUAAACAAAACGCAUACUACGUAAAACCCAAAUCUGACUUCGUCGAGUCCUUUGGAAUAAAACACUACGCGGGCACUGUUUUGUACGAGGCAAAAGGUUUUCUCGAAAAAAAUCGCGAUACAUUUUCCAUGGACAUGAUCCAGCUGGUUUCCAUAUCUAAAAAUGCAUUCCUCAAGUCUUUAUUCACUGAUGAAUUAUCAGAGGGUGAAAGAGACGGUAAGAAAAGGUGGCCAACAUUGUCAUCGGAAUUCCGUAGUUCCCUCGAGCUUCUUAUGAGAACUCUUGGUAGCUGUCAUCCCUAUUUUGUGAGGUGCAUUAAGCCGAAUGAGGAGAAACGGCCCUUGAUGUUUGAUCGCAUUCUGUGCUGUCGUCAAUUACGAUAUUCUGGAAUGAUGGAGACCGCAAAAAUUCGUCGAGCUGGUUAUCCAAUCAGAUAUAAUUUUGUCGAAUUUGUGGACCGUUUUCGUCACCUUGCUUACGGAAUACAGCCAUCGCACAAAGUGGAUGUUCGAAAAGCUGCGGAACAAAUAUGCUUGAAUACUCUCGCGAAAUACAACAUGGAAUACCAGGUGGGACACACGAAAGUUUUUCUGAAAGACCAGCAGGAUCUCUUUCUUGAACAGGAAAGAAGUAGGGUUUUGGCGAAAUAUAUUUUAAUCAUACAGAGAAACGUGCGAAAAUGGAUUUGCCGAAGAAGAUACCUGAGGCUACGACACGGAGCAGUCAUGAUCCAGAAAACUUAUCGGGGCGCAGUCGUUAAGAAAAAGUUUAAUAUUAUACGCAAUGGCUACCUGCGCCUGCAAGCUGUCAUACAAUCUCGACGGCUAACUCACGCUUAUAAACAAAAAAAGAGAUACAUCAUACCUCUUCAGGCGGCGUGUCGUGGAUAUUUGAUCCGAAAAACUCAUCGAGAGAAGUCCCAAUGGAAGGCCAAACGUCUUUCGGCGUUACUCGCCAUCCGUAGUCAAGAAGAAGCCCAUUUGAAGUUAUCCGGUAACAAAUCGUACAUGGAAAUAGCCGAGGCAAAUUACCAGCAAGGUUUAAUCGAUCUUCGAAAAGAACUGGAAACAUACGAAAAAAAAGACUCCGAUUCGUUUAAGGGGGCUGAUGGGGUGACGGAAAAUAAUAUCGACAACAUCUUUGAAUUCCUUGACAAAGAGCCUACGAAUGCUGUGCACAAAGAAAUACCCGGUGAAUUGUUCGCUGAUCUUGUGAAGGAGAAAUCGGAAGCCACCGAGGAGGUAAUUGAGAUCCCCGAUGAUGAAGAGGAAGAUGAGGACCUCACCGCAUAUCACUUUCGUAAAUUUGCUGCAGCAUACUUUGCUGCAAACGUCGUUCCACAAUACUCGAAGAGGCCCCUAAAACAUGCGCUUUUGGAUCUUCCACUUCUCUCUGAUCAAUUAGCUGCUCAAGCAUUAUGGAUUACCAUAUUGCGUUUCAUGGGUGACCUUCCGGAGCCGAGGAACCCAGUCGAUAUUCCAGACAACAGACCAGUAAUGAAUACGAUAUCGGAAACGCUCAAAAAAGGAUGGAGCUCAGGCGACUACCAAGACAUCUACGGAAAAGAGGGAAGAAAACUAAUUCAUCUGACUCUGAAGAGGCAGGACAAACUGCACCAAGAUAUCAGAAAAGGCAUAGUCGAAGACGACUACCAAGCAUAUACAUCUUGGCUGCAACGCAGGAGCACGAAUCUUGAAAAGCUCCACUUUGUCAUAGGCCACGGAAUCUUACGGCCUGAACUGCGAGACGAAAUUUACUGUCAGAUAGUUAAGCAGCUGAUCCAUAAUCCAACUAAAGCUUCCCAUGCGAGGGGCUGGAUUCUUUUGUCGCUUUGCAUUGGAUGUUUCGCACCUUCCGACAGGUUCAUGAAUUACUUGAGAUCUUUUAUUCACAUCGGGCCGCCUGGAUACGCACCAUAUUGCCACAAAAGACUGGUUAGAACCUACAGAAAUGGAACGAGAACUCAGCCCCCGAGUUGGAUCGAGCUGCAAGCCACAAAACUGAAAAAGCCGAUUCUAUUGACGGUCACCUUCAUGGACGGAAACACCAAGGUCAUUGAGGCAGACUCAGCAAGUACCGCAGAAGAAGUGGUGAACACUGUUGCGAAGAGUAUCACGCUAAAAGAUACUUUUGGUUUCUCCCUAUUCGUAACACUCUACGACAAAGUACUUUCACUUGGAGCUGGAAAGGACCACGUAAUGGACGCGAUUUCUCAGUGCGAGCAGUACGCUAAAGAACAGGGUCAUCCUGAACGAAAUGCACCUUGGAGAUUGUUUUUCAGAAAAGAAAUAUUUGCACCGUGGCAUGAUCCCACUUUGGAUAAAGUCGCUACGACACUCAUUUACCAUCAGAUCGUCCGAGGUGUCAGGUACGGGGAAUACAGAUGUACCAGCGAAGGUGACAUCGCCAUGCUUGCCGCUCAACAGCUCUACAUUGACCACCAGACAAAUUUCACAAUAGAAACUCUAAAGACAGCUCUCCCAUUAUAUAUACCAAAUCAUCUUCUUCAGGGAGAACAAGUCUUACAAAAAUGGCAGAAGCUAAUCAUUGAUGCGUUCAAUAAGAAUCUUAAUGUCAUUGAAGCAGUGCCGCCGAUAAACGCGAAAGAAGAUGUAGUUAUGUUUGCUAAAUUAACUUGGCCGAUUCUUUUCUCCCGGUUCUACGAAGCUAGACGUGUUUCUGGGCCAAAACUAACACAGGAUAACAUUAUCAUUGCAGUCAAUUGGACCGGCAUAUAUUUUGUCGAUAAUCAAGAGCAAAUGCUACUGGAACUCUCAUUUCCGGAGAUUACUGAAAUCACAUUCGUAAAACUUACCGAAUAUGGUCCACAAAACUUGACGUUAGCUACCAUUCAGCGCGAAGAAUUCGUCUUCCAAAGUACCGAAGCUGAGGACCUCGCCAACCUUGUCAACUUUUUGAUCGAUGGUCUCAAAGAAAAGUCUCAAUACGUUAUCGCUACUCAAGAUUACACAGGCGCGAGUGAAAGUCAGUCAUUCCUGCCCCUGAAAAAAGGUGAUCUCGUCAAACUAGCAGGUGGUUGUUCGGGCUACACAAUCAUGACUUCACCUUGGGGCUAUGGCGAAUGCCGUGGAUCAGUUGGUAAUUUCCCAUCCGAGUUCGUCUACAUUCUACCGACAGUGAACAAGCCUUCAGAGUCUAUAAUUGAAAUCAUCAAGGCAGACUUCACUGGAGAAAAGUACAGGCGAAGAGAUCGAGUUUAUAAGUCAAUGCCCCAUUCCGAAAAGUACACUUUGAUGAAAUUUGCUGAUAGCCACUUCCGGAAAAGCUACAACAUCCCCGAUUCGCGCAACAAUAGUGGGGCGAUAAGUUCAGCUAGGCGAAGUACGCCUGAAAUCCUUUGGAAGCAUACGAGAGAGCCGAUGAAGGCACCGCUUUUGGCAAAACUAGGAGAAAAGCUCGAAAUAGCGCAAGAAGCCGUACUAAUAUUUACCAGCAUCCUCAAGUACAUGGGAGAUCUUCCAAUCCACCGACAGCGUACUGGAACCGAAUACACUGAUCAAAUAUUUCGAGCGCCCUUGGAGCAUGAGCCGCUUCGCGAUGAGGUUUACUGUCAACUUAUGAGACAGCUGACUGAAAACCAAAUCAGCCUUAGCGAAGAACGAGGAUGGGAACUGAUGUGGUUGGCGACUGGAAUCAUGACUUGUAGUGGGCCGGUGCACAGGGAACUAACGCAAUUCCUUGCUGCUCAAGGUAAUCCAAUAGCCAUUGACUGCAUCAAUAGGUUGAACAGGACUGUGAAGAAUGGGAGCAGGAAGUACCCUCCGUACCUCUUGGAGUUGGAGGCCAUUCGAUUCAAAAGCAUGCAGAUCUUCCACAGAGUUUAUUUUCCCGAUGACAGUGACGAAGCGUUCGAGGUUCAUUCGUCUACAAGAACUGUAGACAUUUGCAAUGACAUUGCGGACAGAUUGCAGCUGAAGAGUAGCGACGGUUUCAGUUUAAUGAUUAAAAUUACAGAUAAAGUGUUUUCAGUCCCCUCGAACUACUUUUUCUUUGAUUUCGUUCAUGAAUUGACUGAAUGGAUGAAGGACUCGCGACCCACAAGGUCAAUGGCACCGAUGCAGGCGCAUUAUCAAAUAUUCUUCAUGAGGAAACUAUGGAUAAACGUUGCUCCGGGUCGAGAUAGGAAUGCGGAUAUAAUAUUUUAUUAUCACCAGGAAUUGCCAAAACUGUUAAGAGGAUACCACAAAUGCGAUCAACUGGAUGCGAUCAAAUUGGCGGCACUCAUUUAUAGAAGCAAAUAUGGCGACAGCAGGGCGGAACUUCAUGAAAUACCACACAAACUACGAGAAUACGUUCCCAGCAAUCUUCUCAAGCUGUUUAGCCCAAACGACUGGAAAAAACAUAUCGUUGCAAACUACAGUCAACAGUCAGGCAUGAGUGCGAACGAUGCUAAAGAACAAUUCUUGCAAAUAAUCUAUGAAUGGCCGACUUUCGGGUCAGCAUUUUUCGAGGUGAAACAGACGACAGAACCGAACUUUCCUAUUCGCGUGAUAAUUGCGAUAAAUAAAUCUGGUGUUAACAUCAUACAUCCUGAAACACAGGAUAUAUUAGCCAUCUAUCCAUUUACGGAGUUAUCGAACUGGUCAUCCGGAAAUACGUACUUCCACAUGACGAUCGGAAAUUUCAUGAAGGGUUCGAAACUUCUCUGCGAAACUGCCCUGGGAUAUAAAAUGGACGAUCUUAUUUCGUCGUACAUAAAUUACAUGCGAGCUAGCCAGAACAGAACUCCACUAAAUUAGUCAUGACUGGAUUUCCAGGGAGCAACCGACGAUCGCGAAAUAUUUAAAAUCCAAUGUUUCCAUUGAUCCGAUGUGAAAUUAGCAUUCAAAUGGAAAUGGACAUCUCCGUCUCGUUACACGUGGCAUCAUAGAAACGAUCAGUGUUAUUCAUAGGUAUAUAAGCGACGUGACUUCAUAGUGAAUGCUAUAUGUAUACAAAAAUGAAAUCCGAACCACUUUUUCCAAGAUAACCAUUAUUGUUCCAAUGAAAAUAAAGUAUCAUAAAACGAA